CCGGGCGUGGCCGUUCGACGCGAAUGGGAGGCAAUCCAGAUGGAGCUGAAGAAUAAGCUUAUUGCGCAGGAUGCAGACUUGCCAUUUACUAUGGAAUGGGACGGCGUGCCGGAUGAUGUGGCUGAGGCUGUGGCAGAUGCUGAUGUUGCUCUGGCCGCAUCUUGGCCGUUGCCUACGAACGACGGCAAGGCUGUGAUGCCCGAGCCCGAGGCCAUGGCUGCUGCAGGGACCGUCAUCCGUGGCCGGGCCAUCCGGAUCGGUGCUGCUGACGACAUCGGUCUGCCUGAGAGCGUGAAUCGGAUUGCUGGCGUCGACAUCUCGUUUGUCAAGGGCGAUGCGGUGCGGGCGGCGGCGUCGCUGGUUGUCCUCAGCUACCCGGCGCUCGACGUGGUCUACACCGACAUCUGGCCGGUCGAGCUCGAUCAGCCGUACAUUCCGGGCUUUCUCGCUUUUCGCGAAGUGGGUUUCUUUGUGGAGGCUUUUGAGCGGCUGCGUGCGACCGCGCCCGAGCUUGUGCCAGACGUGGUGCUGGUCGACGGCAAUGGUGUACUCCACCGCCGCGGCUUUGGCCUCGCCUCGCAUCUCGGCGUCCUCAUCGACGUUCCGACAAUCGGCAUCGGCAAGUCGUUCUACCAUGUCGACGGCGUGUCUCAAGAAGACAUUGUUGCCACCUCGCGCGAGGUUCUGACCGCCGCUGGCGACGCGCUGCUAGUGGUUGGCGAGAGCGGGCGUGUGUGGGGCGCAGCGUUCCGGGCCUCCGAAUCGCGCAAGGCACUGUACGUCUCAUCAGGCCACCGCGUCGGCCUGCUUAGUGCGCUGCGCAUUGUGCGCGCCUGCGCACGGUACCGCAUUCCGGAGCCGGUGCGACAGGCCGACCUGCUGUCACGCGACUACGUCCGCGACGUCAUGCUCGGCGAUCAAGCUAGCGCCUGA